AUGGCCUCCAUCUUAGAGUUCGCCUGCAUCUACUCAGCCCUCAUUCUGCACAACUAUGAGGUGACAGUCACAGAGGAUAAGAUCAAUGCCCUCAUUAAAGCAGCUGGUGUAAAUGUUGAACCUUUCUGGUCAGGGUUGUUUGCAAAGGCUUUGGCCAAUGUCAACAUCGGGAGCCUCAUCUGCAAUGUGGGGGCAGGUGGACCUGCCCCAGCAGCUGGUGCUGCACUAGCAGAAAGUCCUGCCCCCUCCACCACUGCUACCCCAGCUGAGGAGAAGUAAGUGGAAGAAAAGAAAGAAGAAUCUGAAGAGUCUGAUGAUGACAUGGGCUUUGGUCUUUUUGACUAAACCUCUUUAGUAACAUGUUCAAUAAAAAGCUGAGCUCCUAAAAAAAAAAAUUACACCUUAAAGAACUAGAAAAGGAGAACAUGGUAAACACAAAGCUAAAAGGAGGAAGGAAAUAAUAAAUAUUAGAGUGAAGAUAACAGACUUAGAGAAUCGGAAAAUAGAAUCAAUGAAAAUAAAGUUAGUCCUUUGAAAAAAUCAACAAAAUUGACAAAACUUUAGCUAAAAUGACAGACAGAGAAUAGAAGAUUCAAAUAACUAAAAUCAGAAAUGAAAAUGAGGACAUUACUACCUACUUUACAGAAAUAAAAAUAAUUAUAAGAGAAUACUAUGAACCAUUGUAUGCCAACAAAUUAGACCUAGAUGAAAUGGACAAGUUCCUAGAAACACAGAUACCAAAAACAGACUCAAGAAGAAAUAGA